AUGUGGUUCAUGUAUGCAUUGUCUUGGAUAGCAUUUAUACUGAUAGCAGUUUGUUUAACGAUUGCUGUUGCGGCUGGUAUGUACUAUGUUGCUGAACUUAUCGAAGAGUACACCUCGGUGGCUAAACGUAUCAUACGUAUUUUACUGAUUACGGUGACCGUUCUGAAUGUUCUUCUGAUAAUAUUCGAAACACAAUUUACAUGGUCACUUUGUGGGAUUGGACUUCUAUCAAAUAUAAUCUAUUUUUGUAUCCUAGCCGACUUUCCUAUCAUUGGUUUUCUUUCGCCAACAUUUCUGUUCGCGAUGGUACUCUUAGUCAUUCAUCAUUACUUUGCCUUCUCAUUUUUUAACCAUCACUAUUAUCCAUUUCCGGAAAUUCUCGCUUAUUUCACCAUCUUCGUUUGGACAGUUCCGUUCUGUUUCGUCUUGUCGCUCUCAGCUAAUGAUUAUGUUCUACCUCAAUACGCCGAGACGCAGCGAAGUCGUUAUAAUGACGAUACGAUGGCGAACAAUGGCGGUGAUCUCGUCUCGAAUUAUUUCAAAAAACGCGCAAAGAAGAUUGGUUUACUAGCAUUCAUGCGGUCCGUGCAAGAUACAAUCUUGCCGACCAGAAACAAGAAAUAUUAA